AUGAGCUCAUUGAAAAAUGCUAAGCGUGCUAUGAUUAUAAGUCUUAUUGUAGCUAUCUUGAUUUUUUCACAUGUUAUCUAUUGUCAUGAGCCAAAUCUUAUUAAUGCUCCACAAAAAUGUUAUGGUAUAACAAUAGCAUGUCAAUUCGUGGCGGAUAUAUCAUUUAUGCUUCUUACUAUUGUGCCUUUACCUCUCAUGUUAAUGUUUGGUUUGAUGACUGUUUGCAAUAUUCGUCAGUCAAGACGUCAAGUGGCUAAUAGAGGUACAUUGAUGGUAAGAAACACAAGGAAAGUUAAUAUGAAUCAACAACGUCAAUUAAGCAAGCAAGAUCAUAAUUUAAUAAUAAUGCUUCUCGUACAAAUUAUUAUUCUUUUCAUAUUAUCUAUCCCAUUGUGUUCUCAGAAGUUAUACUCAGCAAUAGUGGCUGAUAGAACAUCAUCUGCAUUACAGGAUGGUAUUGACGAUUUGACUUAUAAUCUUGCUCAAUUACUUCAUUUCUUAGCAAAUGGAAUGCCAUUCUACAUUUACACCUUGGCUGGUGGAAAAGUCUUUCGUAAAGCUUUAUUCAAAUUCUUCGUCAAUAUCAGCCACCAUGUAUUUCAUAGAUGGCGAUGACUUUUUUUAUUCGACAUAGCAUCUGAAAAUGUAGUGUUCAUAUCAAGGGGGAACAAACUGAUUUCGUCAUUUCGUAAUUUCAAGUGACUUCAGUGAUUUCAAAUGAUUUUGUGUCACGGGAAACAAGCAGACUUCCAGAUUGUCAGAGUGCAGAAGAUUUCGGAAGAUUCCGAAAGUUUUUGAAAAAAUUUCAAAGAUUAUAGAUACCAAUAUCUCUUUUUCCCAUUUAUCAGAGAUAAUCAGUUUUUGCUUGUCUUUAUCAUAAUGCUCCGAUUAUGCCUGGAAAAUCCUCAUAAGCGAGACCUUAGCUUUCAAAUUAUUUCUUAGCUAUAGUAAGAACAAAACAUAUGAUUGUUCGGGCCAUAUGAAAGACGACCCCCGAAUAACCUUAAGGUUGGCGCGAACAACCCUAUAUUUCUCCUUACAAUAACCAAGAAAUAGCUUCCUUGAAUGUAAUUGCUCGAUGCUGGAGAUGUGCAGUUCAGAUCGAUGAGCUCUUACGUGAUUGACUUGUACGGCUCUAGUUGUAAGGCGCCUUGUUUUAAGAUUUCACAAGAUUGCA